AUGGCCGUCCACGAAACCACUAGCACGAACCUGCCAGAGAUCUGGACGUCUUUGGAGAGCUUCCGCAGUCUGCAAAACCUCGCCAGGGACCUUCUCGGCCUUUGGCAGGACGUGGGUGCAGGCCAGAAGGAGACGCAUGCAGACGCAGAGGACAUUGUCGGGGCGGCUCUGCAAGCCACAGAGAAGUGUAUCAAGCAGUGGCAGCAGCGCUGCCGUGCUUUGGCAGCGAAGUGCCAGGAGCUCCUGGCUCUCAUCGAGGAGAGGCUGGCCACCCUUCCCAAAGGAAGCUAUGCGGAGGAGCUUGCUGCUGCGCUGACAAAGCCCUGGCAGCCACGAGUUGCUGCCCUUCGCAGGUUGCUGGACACAGUCGAUGGAGCUGUGGAGGAGCAGGAUCGCUUGCGCGCUGGCCUCGCCGAAGCCUGCGCAGCCCUAGGCCUGGACCCCUCGGACGUCGCAGGCAUGAGCCCCGAGGAGCUCAAGGCUGAGGCCUCGCUCUAUCGAUCUGUAAGCAUUCGCCCCGUCUCAAAGGCGGAUGUAGAUGGUUUGAGUGCUUUUCGCUUCUGCAUUUGA